AUGGCCAGACUGCUCUGGUUACUGCUUCCCUUUGUUGGAAGCAGUCUUGCAAAAGAAGGUUCCGUUGCCCAUUCUCUCAUUAAUUCUGCCUCUGGCCAUUCCACUCUUUCCACUGUAUCUUCCCUUCCUGUUACUCAUUUGGACGAUCUCAAUAAGAGAGAUGCUCGUUCUUCUUUGAACAUUUCUCCCUUCACACCCCAAAUCAAUCCACUUGUUCGACGAUCUUCAGCAUGCAAGCCCAGGAGGGAUCCCCAGGGUGGCCCUGUGUUUACCGACUCGUCAAUCGGGACAACCCACUCAACAACAACCACGGCCGAGCUUAUCGGCCUCGCUACGUCUUUGACUGGCGAUGCUACCUCCGUAGCAUCUGAAAGCACCGUGGACUUGGCCUCGAGUGGAACAUUGAUCUCUACUGCUACUACUUCUGAUGCGACAUCGAUAGCCAUAGUCGGUGAUGUAGAUGGGAACACUGCUGGUGGAUCAUCUACUGAGAUCUCGUCGACUACCGAGACACCAACUGGCGCCGACACAUUUACAUCUACACCUGUCUCGGAGUCAAGUUUGAACUUAGCUAGUAGCGAUAGCUUAUCACUUUCGACCACCGAGGCCAACUUGGAAAUCUCAAGGGAGGACACAACCACAAUAGUCUCGUCCACCGACGAUUCGACUACCACUGUUGCCGACACUACUGUUGCUACUGGUACCGCUGCUGUCGAUACCACUGUUGGCGUUGAUACUACUGCUUCUGAUAGCACCACUGAUUCCGGUGCUACCUCUGUUGCUGAGACUACCACUGUCGGCGAUACCACGACUGGCACUGGUAACGCUGCUGUUGAUACUACCGUCACUUCUGGUACUACUACUGCUGCUGAUAGCACCGCUGCGGUUGCUGAUACUACCGCUACCACUGGUACCACCACUACCGCCGCAUUUGAAUUAGAGUCUUCUACUCUUGAGUCCGCCACGGCAUCGUCGGGUCUUGCAAGCGAUACGACAUCAUCAGAGUUGAGCGCGCAAGCAGCAUCUUCUGAGACAAGUGGCACCCUCACAUCUUCUCUGGAGACUCAAUCUUCCGAGGCAUCACUUUCCUUGACCGAAUUUCCUUCUUCAACUACACUCGCUUCAUCAGACCCAAAAACUACAUCAGAAAGUGUUGUUUCAACAUCGACUGACUCUCCUCUAGUACUCACGGUAGCCGCCGAUGGCAGUGGAGAUUACACAGCCAUCAACGAUGCCAUCAAGGCUGCUCAAACAAGCGGUUACCCUACCGUUACCGUGCUCGCUGGUACAUAUACCGAGAACGUCGUAAUCGCAGCCACACCCACAGUGACCAUUGUGGGCGAGGUAUCCAAGAAGCGCGACGGUUCGUCGGGUGUAGUUAUCGACAAUGGUGGCAACUCCAACCCGGCUCUUUCAUUUAGCACCGCCGCCGCCGGCAUUACAUGGAGGGGCAUCAAGUUUUUGAACUCUCUGGCCGAUAACUCGGUUGGUGCUGUAUUCCUACGUGGUUCCAAGAAUGCCUUUUACAACUGUGAAAUCGUCUCUGCCGGUAUCGCCGCUAUUACUGGCAGUUAUGCAUCCGGUAUCAUCGCCAACUCCUACCUGGAGGCUCAAGACAAGGUUAUCUACAACUAUCCUUCCCUAUAUGUCUACGGAACAACAAUCACAGCGACCAAGUCAAACGGACUGCUUGUGUACAACAAGGGUGGUCUAUCUGGAACCACCAUGUACAACUCGACCGUCGUACUCGACACUUGCCAAGUUGUCAAGAAGAGCGGAGCCACCAACACCCGCGUCUUCCUCGCCGCAGGAAAUGGCGAUGGCUCUGUGGUCGUCUACCGUGAUUCCAGCUUUGCUUCAGGUUUCCUGGCUGCUUCUGGUGUUUAUGUCGAUGCCAAGACACAGUCUCCCUUGAACCGCUAUGCCGAGUUUGGCACGACUGGUGAUGUUACGGAUCGCUCCAAAUACGUCACUUUAAUCACGGACCCCAAGGAUCUGUCUGACUAUGAAGUCUCCGCGCUCUUCAAGAGUGCCUAUCCUAGUGUGGCUGUAUCAUCAGUCGAUUGGAUUGACGCUUCUGUAUUGAGUUCCAUCAAGGCCAGCAACGCCAAGGACUUUAAGGAAGAAGCAACUACAACCACUGCCGCUCCAACCGACGUUUCUUCGACCGAGUCCAGUGAUCCGGCCACCACUGAUGUCUCAUCUGUUGCAUCAUCGGGUACUUCAUUGAUCACAUCCUCGGGCGCCUCUUCAGCCACUGCCUCUGUCGGAACCACCACCGAAGCAGAAGAUGCCACGACAUCUGCAGAACCCACUCAAUCAUCCUGCGUUUUACCCUCUGCCGUCCCCAGCACAGCCUUCAUCGUCGGCCCCAAGUCCAACCCAUGUGCCUCUUAUGAUACAAUUGCAUCUGCAGUCGCUCAACUUCCCAACGACGAUACUUCCCAGUACAUCUACAUUCUCGCGGGUACAUACCAAGAGAAGGUGAACAUCCAGCGAGUGGGCGCCACUGUCGUUCGUGGUCAAAGCAGCGAUGGAUCUUCUUCCAAGAACAACAAGGUCACCAUCACCUCCAGCAGCGGUGUCCUGUCCAGCAGUGGCGGAUCUUCUGGAACGGCUACCUUCUCUGCUAGCAAGUACGAGACCAAGGCCGUCUCAUUCUACAACAUCAACUUUGAGAAUGCAUUUGCGGCUACUACCAACAAUGUCGCUCUAGCUGUCUAUGCCAAGGGCAAGGUAGCCUUCUACGGAUGUGACAUCAAUUCAUCGCAGGGAACUCUCUAUCUCGAUUACGGUAGCUUCUUUGUCAGUCAUUCAGUUCUGCGAGGAACUACCGACUUUGUCUGGGGUCAGGGCGCCGGUUAUGUCUACAACUCUGUCAUCGUUUCUAAGGGAACGGCACCAGGUCAGGCCAUCGCCGCUCACAAAUUCCAGGGUCAAUACGGAGGAUCACAAUUUGUGUUCGACCUUUGCGCCGUUGUGCCUGAGGCCAACUCUGUGCCUGAAGGUAGCAUCUUCCUCGGUCGAGAUUAUAGCAUAAAAUCAAACGUUGCUUUCUUAAACUCCUUCUUUGAUGCGCACAUCGCUCCUUCUGGAUGGAAGGUCGCUUCUCCUUCUACCUUUUCUGGCACAUUCACCGAAGGAAACAACACUGGACCUGGUUGGGAUUCUUCAUCCCGUAUCUCUGCCGCCACCAUCGUGGAUGACACUUCUUCGUUUAGUGCUGCUUCUAUCCUCGGAGGAGAUGCUUGGAUUGACAAAGCCGCUAUCGUGCCUUUCCAAGGAUGGCCCGACUCCAAGUAUGCCAAGGACGCGGUCACUACAUCGGCUUCUGCCACUGCUACUGCAUCCGCUACAUCCACCACUGAAGCUGUUGGCUCUACUCUGACUGUCGCCCCCUCCCCCACCGGAGACCAGUUCAAGACCGUCGCAUCUGCCCUUGCGGCUAUCCCUGAUGAUGGUGAGGAUUACACCGUCUUCAUCAAGGCUGGUUCAUACAAUGAGCAGCUCAACCUCAACAGAGGUCGUGGCCGAGUCACUCUUCGCGGUGAGACCAGCUUCGAGAAUGACUUCACCCAGAACCAGGUCCUUAUCUGGUUCAAGUUGGGCUAUGGCACCGGCGAGUCACGAAACGAGGAGACUCCUGUCCUUUUCUGGAAGACUACCACUCCAUCAACUGGACUCUCGUUGUACAACCUCAACUUCACCAACACUUACCCGCAAACUCGUGACACAGCCGCUCUCGCAGCAGACUUCUUUGGCAACAACAUGGCCGCAUACGGUUGUGCAUUCUCUGGCUACCAGGAUUCCGUUCUUGUCAACCAAGGUGUGCAAGUGUUUUCCAACAGUUAUCUCGAGGGUUCAGUCGACUUCAUUUGGGGUUACAGCAAAGCCUACUUCCACCAGUGUUACAUUGCAUCGAACACACCCAAUGCCUAUAUCACCGCGCAGAACCGCAAGUCUUCUUCGUGGGCUGGUGGCUUCGUGUUUGAUACCUGCAAGGUGACAUACACUGAUAGCUAUGGCUCUACCUUCGGCACAACAUCUCUUGGUCGCCCUUGGUCUCAAUACGCGUUGGUCGUGUAUAUGAACUCUUUCCUUGAUAAACAUAUAUCUAAGGCAGGCUGGUCAACUUGGUCUACAAGUAACCCCCAGAUCUCUGAUGUGUUCUUUGGAGAGUACAACAACGUUGGCCCCGGCAACUGGACCUCAUCCCGCGCAAGCUUCGCGACAAAGCUUACAGAGUCCCAAGCUGCGGCUUACUCGCUGGGUUCUUUCAUCGGCAGCACAGGCUGGCUUGACAUGAAGGCUUACAACCUUGCGCCCAGCUACACGAUCGACGACUCCAGCGCUGCUGAACCUGAACCUGAGGUUACCUGGCCAUCUCAUCCUUCAGACGGAACAACACCUCCCAAAGAUGCAGUCCUUGUGUCUGUUGAUGGAGAAAAGUCGGGCUCAUACUCAAGUCUCACCGACGCACUGAAGAGCCUUCCUAAGGAUUCGACCUCUCAAGUCAUCUUCGUUUACCCCGGUACAUACGAGGAGCAGGUUCCGUCGAUCAACCGACCUGGCCCCAUCACCAUUAUCGGAUACACUGAGACCGAGCCCGGAAAGACAUACACUAGCAACCAAGUCACUAUCACCCAGUCCAAGGGACUUUCGGUCGCAGGAACAAUUCCGGCAGGUCGCAGCAACGCAGACACAGCGACAAUUGCAACAGCCAGCACCAAGAUCGCCUUUUACAAUGUAAAGUUCAUCAACACUGAUAACCUUGAUGGUGCGACGCCUAGUUAUGUCACUCUCGCUGCCAGUGUUUACGGUGACAAAAUUGGCUUCUAUGGCUGUUCUUUCAUUGGAUGGCAGGACACUCUUCUCACCGGGGCUACAGCGGGCUACCAGUACUACGAAAGCAGUUAUAUUGAGGGAGCGAUCGACUUUGUCUGGGGUUACAGCAAGGCCUACUUCAAGGGCUGUACCCUUGCUGCCAAGCGUGCUAAGUCAGCCAUCACUGCGCAGAGCCGCAAGGACGCGAACGCGAUCGGCGGCUACAUUUUUGACCAAUGUCUUUUCACAGAGGCUGCUUCAGCCACGGCUGAUCUGACCGGACAGGUGUAUCUUGGUCGCCCUUACAGUGCUUAUGCUCUUGUCGUGAUCAAGAACAGUUACUUAGAUGGAUCAAUUCAGCCGGCUGGUUGGAAGAUCUGGUCCACGACUGAUCCUCGUACGGAUCAUGUCACUUUCGCGGAGUAUGCCAACGAAGGACCUGGAAGCUGGGAGAAGAACUCGGCGGCGCGUGAGGCAUUUGGCUUCGCUACUCUUCUCACCAAAGAUGACUACGCUCUCGAAUCGGUUAUGGAUAGUACCGAUUGGAUUGACAAGACUUUCUGGGACUCAAUCGUGACUCCAAAGUCCAGCACACCAGUCGUUCCUGUGCCUGAUCCUAACGCUGUUUACAGCGGCAAGACCCCGCCUCCUGGUGCCUACAUUGUGUCCAAGGAAGCCAUCGACGGGGUCACCACCUACAGCACGAUCCAAGCUGCGAUCGAUGCUCUUCCCGCCUCCAACAAGGUUACCCCAACUGUGUUCAUCUAUCCUGGUACAUACAAGGAGCAAAUCGUUCUCAGCCGAUCAGGAACUACAUUCUUCAUUGGAUAUUCGGAAUCGCCCGAUGACUACACCAAGAAUCAGGUCACGAUCACAUACGACAAGGGCAUCGAUACGCAGGCGGAUGCGUCCAACUCUGACUCUGCCACUUUCUACGCCACUGGAAACUAUUUCCAGGCUGUCAACAUCAACUUCAUGAACACAUUUGGCACAGCCACCAACUACGCCAGUCUCGGAUUUGCGGUCAAGAGCAGCAAAUUUGCUUCGCUCUAUGGUUGCCAGGUAUACGGAAACCAGGACGCUCUCUUGGUCAAUGGCAAUCUUUUCACAUACAACUCAAUCAUCACCGGCAACAUUGACAUGAUCUGGGGUUCCGGAGCUGGAUAUUUCUUAAAAACUACUAUCGCACCUAACAAGGACAAGAUUGCAUUGACAGCGAACAAGAAGGGAACUAACACCGGCCCCAACGGCUUCGUGUUCGAUCAAUGCACUGUUGCCCCCGCAGACGGAGCUUCCUACUCGACUAUCUACCUGGGCCGACCGUGGGAUCAAUGGGCCCGCGUUGCGUACAUCCAAACUGAGCUGAGUGCAGAUAUAGCAGCUGUGGGCUGGACUGCAUGGACCAAGGCAGAUCCUAGAACCGAGAAUGUUAUUUUUGGCGAAUUUGACAAUUCUGGACCCGGAGCUUCAUCCGGCAACCGUGCUUCUUUCGCUAAACAGUUGUCAAACGAAGAAGUUGCGCAAUUUCAAAUUGGGACCUUUUUCCCUUCGACGAGUUGGAUCAACAUGACCCUCGUGCACGCGACACCUUUCGAUGCAGUUGUUGCCGCAACCCAGACUAUCAGUUCGACAACUGUCUAUACUACUCAGACCGUCACAUCAUCCCAGACUCUGUUCACUACCACCACGAGUGCUGAUGUUGUUGUCACUGAGAAGACAACCUUUACCGAAGACAUUGGAACCACAAUCACGCCUGAUCCCACAACGAAGACCACGAUCGAGAAGACAACCGUUACGGAAGCGGCUCUCGUUACACAAGCCGACAAGGUUGUCACGGUCAAGUCCACCGAGAUUGUGGAUGUUGGCAAGACCAUCACGCCUGCUGCCGUUACAUCAACCUCCACCCAAAUCGUUGAUGCGACCGUUACUUCCUGGGUCACAUCAUCCGCCAAGGCUGUCACCGCAACUUUAACGACUACAGCUGUUACGGUCACGCCCAAGUCGGUGACUGAGACUGUCGUUGAGAGAACGACUGUUGUCAUCAGCAAGACCACGACCCCCAAGGCCCUCACCGUCAAGAGUACGACGACUGUGACAGUUGGCACUGGUAGUGUCACCACGACAUCCUUGAAGGCAACCACAGUCGUGUCUACUGUCGUAACAACGUCUGUCAAGACUGUCAGCAAGACUACUACGCUCAAGUGCAUCCCCACACAGGACAAGCGCGACUUGGGUAUAGAAACGGCUAUCAAGCCUCGAGCUGCUGUUGUUUUUGGUAAUCCUUCUGUCAAUCUAGCCUCAGGUCUCACUCGUCGCGAUCUUGAUCUCGGAUCAAUCAACCUUGAAGCUCGCGCAGCCGGUCUUUCUACAGUUACUGUCACUCUUUUCUCUACAUUCACUACCAACGUCAAGACUUCCACCAUGGCUGUUCCCGCUAGCACAACUACGACCAAGGUCACCACAACAAAGACAAUUGGAAAGACAAGCACUCUCAAGCCAGCGACUGUCAUUGAUGUGUCUACUUCGGUGGCAACAAGAUACGCCACAUCCACCAUUCCAGGAUCGACAUCAACUACCACAGUCGUCUCCACUAAGGAAACCGGCAAGACCACAACCCUCAAAGCCUCUACAACUACUGUCGUUGUUGCUUCAACUUCAGUCGUCACAGAGAAGAAGACAUCCACCAUUCCCGCAAGCACAGUCACUAUCCACAAGACAUACACCACAACUCUACCUUCGGGAACUGUCAAGGUUACCACGACAAGCACGGUUAAGCAGACAUCUGCUGUGACUCUGGAUCAGGACAUAGUCACAAAUUGGACGACUGUCAAGUCUACAUUGAGGCCCUCUAGCACCGUGACUGUGAGGAGCACCGUGUCUAAGAUGAGCACAUCGGUGGUGAGGGAGACAAAGACUAAUUGGGCGACGAAGACAAGCAAGGGUGCGGCGGCUUGCACCAACUAA